CUCUCUGAUGGAGACAGCGACAGAAUCAUAUCUAUCCCAAGGGGAAGGCUGAGUGCCUCCCACCCACGCAGAGCGAACAUGGAUCUGCGGCUCCUAUCGCACCAGACCUUCUUCUCGGCAGUCCGGUCGGGGGACCUGGACGGCGUCCGGCGGGUGGUGGAGGGCCCGGACGCCGGCGUUGAGGGGGCCGUGGCGGCGCUGAUGGCCGCGCAGACGGAUGCCGGGGAGACAGCGCUUUAUAUAGCCGUGGAGAACAACUACGAGGAGCUCUUCCGCUACCUCCUCCCCCUCUGCGACUUCGAGACCGCCACCCUCAGGUCCCGCGUUGAUCUCAACGCUUUCCACGUCGCCGCCAAGCAGGGCCACGCCGGGAUCGUGAAAGAAUUUUUGAGGGUGUGGCCUGCACUCUGCAAGUUGUGCAAUUCAUCAAACACUAGUGCUCUUUAUUCAGCUGCUGUUAUGGAUCAUUUGGAUGUGGUGAAUGCUAUUUUGGAUGUAGAUGACAGUGUGAUAAGGAUUGUUAGGAAGAAUGGGAAAACAUCACUGCACAUGGCUGCAAGAAUUGGCUAUCAUCGGAUCGUCAAGGCUCUGAUAGAGAGGGAUCCAGGAAUAGUUUCCAUCAUAGACAAGAAGGGCCAGAGUGCACUUCAUAUGGCUGUAAAAGGUCGAAAUCCUGAUGCUGUGGAGGAACUGUUGCUUGCUGAUAUUUCAAUACUUAAUCUGCGAGACAAGAAGGGAAACACAGCGUUGCAUAUGGCCACAAGAAAAUGGCGGCCACAGAUGGUCCAACUUCUAUUAAGCUAUGAAUCUAUUGAAAUCAAUACGAUUAACAAUCAGAAUGAAACUGCAAUGGAUUUGGCAGAAAAAAUCCCUUAUGGUGAAUCUCAAAUGAAUAUAAUGGAAAGCCUAUUAGAGGCUGGUGCCAAGCAUGCCAGGAAUGUUGGACAGAUUGAUGAAACGUCAGAGCUCAGGAGAACAGUGAGCGAUAUAAGGCAUGAUGUUCAUUCACAACUCAUUCAGAAUGCUAAAACUAACAAACGGGUUACCGGGAUUGCGAAGGAGCUGAAAAAAUUGCACCGAGAAGCUGUUCAGAAUACCAUCAAUUCGGUAACAGUGGUAGCAGUAUUAAUCGCCUCCAUUGCUUUCAUGACCAUAUUCAACUUGCCUGGUCAAUAUUAUCAAGAAGGGCCAGAUGCCGGGAAGGCCUAUAUAGCUGAAAAUAUGGGUUUUCGUGUUUUCUGCCUUCUGAAUGCCACCGCUCUUUUUAUUUCCCUUGCUGUUGUCGUUGUUCAGAUCACUUUGGUUGCAUGGGAAACUGGUGCUCAAAAGCUGGUUGUCUCGGUUGUAAAUAAGCUCAUGUGGACUGCCUGUCUCAGCACUUGUGCUGCUUUUCUUUCAUUAGCUUUUGUGGUUGUGGGAAAUAAAGCUUCCUGGAUGGCUAUUACGAUCACAUUAAUUGGAGGGCCUAUCAUGGUUGGGACUCUUUUGCUUAUGAGCUACUUCGUUCUUCGGCAGCGUUUCAAGUUUGGUGAAGAUUCUCAGAGGCGUAUUAAGAGGGCAAGUGGCAGCAAGUCCUUUUCCUGGUCUCUUUACUCAGCCUUUUCUGACCCAGAUGCUUUGUCCGAUCAUGAGAAGAAGAUAUAUGCUCUGUAACUCUUUCAGAGGAAUGCAUGUAGGAUCUAGAAAGAGUCAGCUUGCUACUGUGUUUGUGUAAAUGCCAUGAAGCCUAUAAUUAUUUUGGUAUUUCUACCAUUAGAGGUGCCAUUUUGGUUUCGACUUUAUCUGUUAUGAUGAUGAUGAUGAUGAUGAAAGCGGAUUGUUACUCUGUUAUAUGUGUAUAUUUAAUAGCUGUGAAGUGGUUGGACGUAUGAGCAAGCAGCACAUAUUUCAGCCUCUUGUGCUCGCUUCUUGCAACAGUCAUAUAUAAUGGCAAGUCAAUUCAUUUAACUUUUGGUGC